AUGCUAUUCACCCCCAUUACUGCUGCAUCGCUGCUAGCGGUGCUCGGCACACCACUGGCGGGUGUGUCAGCUCAGGAUGCCGAGGGUUGGUACAAGGCUCAUCCAGGCAUGGCGCGUAUCAGCCAAGUGAACCAAGAUACACAUCAAAUCGUCGAUGUAUUUAACCGUACGCGGUUCUUCCACGGAACCAAUGUCGUUAUGAAGGAGCCGCCGUGGCAUCGGCAGUUGGAGUGGGUGCCAGGUGUCUCAUCAUUUGGCAAGCAAGAUGUUCAAAAUCUGCACGACUUGGGCCUGAACAUUGUGCGAUUGGGCCACAGCUGGGCUGGCGCAGAACCUGUGCGUGGGUCGUACAACCAGACAUUUCUCGACAUCAUGAAAAAGCAGACCAAGAUGGCCGAGGACCAUGGCCUCUAUGUUUUGGUGGACGUGCAUCAGGACUGUCUGGCUCGGCAGUUUUGCGGCCACGGCGUACCUGACUGGUUUGUUAAGGAGGACUGGGAAUCGAGCAGCAGGAUGUAUCCGUUCCCCCUUAAGCUGACACCGUUCUCUGUGGAUGAAAAUGGGUUCCCAUCACCGCAGUCGCUUUGUGAUACCGUUGACUGGUCUCUGAGUUACACAUCGGUGGCGGUGGGCAAUGCGUUUGGGCGGCUAUACAACAACUACGACGGGCUUGGCGAUGCCUUUGCGGCGUACUGGAAAACACUGGCGUCAGAGUAUGCCGGGACGACCAACGUUGUCGGCUAUAACUUGCUGAAUGAACCGUGGGUAGGCGACACGUGGGCUGAUCCGACAUUGCUAGUGCCAGGUGUUGCCGACCACAAGGUCCUAGAAGGACUCUGGAACCGCGCGACUAAGCAGAUCCGUACCGUGGACAAUGACACGCUCAUUUGGUUUGAAGGCGCCACCCUGGACGUCUUAUCGGGUUUCAACAACGUCCCUCUCGGGGAAGGCUCGAAGUCGGUGCAUUCAUUCCACUACUACAGUCCGCCACAGCUGGGCUCUAUUUCCACCACUCUCAACAACCGCCACGGGGACAACGAGCGCCUUAGAACCACCGGUGUGCUGACCGAGCUUACGUUUUGGAUGGGUGAUGAUAAGCAGAUGCAGGGCCUGACAGAUGCCAUGACGGCGACCGACGCAAAUAUGGUUUCCUGGAUUGGCUGGGCGUACGAGAACCUGUACAAUGGCACAUCUGGUCAACCUUAUCCUGAACUGGCGAAGCACUACAGCCGUGCAUACCCUGCUGCCAUCGCUGGCACUCCUAUUAGCUUCGGCUUUUCUGAGGAAUCAACCACUUUCAAGCUGCAAUUUACGUCUGAUCCCAAUAUUGACGCGCCCACCGAAAUUAUUCUGCCCCCAUCCACCUUCCCCAACGGAUAUAGAGUCCAAGUCUCACCUGACGGCAGUUUGAUACAGUACGCACUCGACGAUCGUACCCUGGCCUUGUUCACAUCCACCAGCAUCAAGAACGCCACCGUUAUCUCUGUCACAGUUUCUUGUAAAUAA